AUGUUCCUCAAUUCGACUUUCUCACUGCAAAACUGCAAUCUUCUGGCGAUUUCGGUUCGGACCCAUCGCCAGAUUUCCCAAUCUCGCAUCGGGAGAGCGUCGCUCCUCGUAUUACUGCUGGUUAUCGUCGCUGCUGCCGGAGACGGCAACAAUUGCAGUGACCCGAGAGGCCCAGGAGAGCAGAACCCAGAAGGCGGUGCAAGCGGUGGAAGCAUCAUGAAGGUUCAUCCUAUGCCCAAUAGGAGGAACAACAUAACAAUCCGGUAUUAUGUAAACCACGGCGGCGGCGGGAACAAUCAGAGAGGAGGCGGGGGAGUAGGAGGAGAGCUAGCCACCGCCGCUGCUGGCGGUAACAAGAGGCUGAGGAGGCUGCCCCACAUUUUCAAUCGGGUCCUGGAGCUGCCGUUCCGGUCGGACGCUGAAGUGUUGGUGGAGGAAAGCACCGAUUGCUUCCGAUUCGUGGCGGAGGCGGACGAUGUCGGGGAAGUUAGGGCUCACACCAUUGAAAUCCAUCCCGGGGUAACGAAAAUCGUGAUUCGGCCCAAUGGGUACCUGGAAUUGCCGACGUUGGAUGAUUUGGAGUUGGACAUGUGGAGGUUCCGGCUGCCGGAAUCGACCCGACCCGAUCUAGCCAGCGCGGUUUUCACGGACGGCGAGCUGAUCGUGACGGUGCCCAAGGCGGAGGAAGAAGGUAAUAAUAAUGGCAGCAGGGACUUUAGAGGAGGUAUGGGAAACAAUAAUAACAAUGCUAGGCUUGUGCUUGUACAGUGA